UUCAUCGGGUCCGAAGAGAUAUUAUCAGCUACAACUACCACUAUAAGUAGGUAAUAGUCUUGUGCUCGUUAGUCAAAACCACUCAAAACAACACCUGCGCAAGGUUUUCACUGGAUUUUCACAUUCUGUGGAAAAAUGGGUUCAACAAACAAUACUCAAGACCAUCACGACCUCCACAUCUUCUUUUUCCCAUACUUAGCAUCCGGCCACAUGAUCCCCCUCCUCGACACCGCCCUCCUCUUCGCCGCCCGCGGCGUCAAGGUCUCCUACAUCACCACCGCCGGCAACCUCCCCUCCCUAACAGCACCAACUCCCUCCCCCAUGACGGACGCCGCCCUCGAGAAGUUCUACAACCUCAUCCAGCUCCUACAACAGCCUCUUCGCCAGCUCAUCGUCGACCACCGUCCAGACUUCCUCGUCGCCGACGAGCUCUACCCGUGGACCUCCGACCUCGCAAUCUCUCUCAACAUCCCUCGUGUCGUCUUCAACGUUACCUCGCACUUCACCAUCUCCAUCCUCGACCAAGUCGAACAAAUGAUGACCAAGUACUCCCGCGACGAUGAUAAGCCAUUCGUCGUCCACGAGAUCGAGAUCACGAAAGCCGAGCUGCCCAAAGUGUUCCACUACCCCAAAAUAGCUCUCGACAUGUUCAGAGAAGCCAGCGACAAGAGCUACGGCGUACUCUUAAACAGCUUCGACGAGCUCGCGCCUGAGUACGUUGAGAGGCUGAAAACGGACGGUAAGAGUAGAGUGUGGAAUGUGGGGCCCGUCUCUCUCAGGCACUGGAAAGAAGCUGAUGUCGACGGUAAUGACGAUAAGGGGAUCAAAGCAUGGCUAGACGAUAAGAAAGAUCGGUCGGUGCUCUACAUCGCGUUCGGUAGCGAAUGCGUCUUCAGCGACGAUCAGCUACGAGAAAUCGGUCUCGCGUUGGAGGGUUCGGGAAGAGCCUUUAUAUGGGUGGUGAGGGGCGGAGGCGGGGGUUUGGAUACGAUCGGGGAUUGGUUGCCGAAGGGAUUCGAAGAGAAGGUGGAGGGGAGAGGGUUGGUAGUUCGAGGAUGGGCGCCGCAAAGGCUGAUACUGAACCAUCCGGCGUUGGGAGCGUUCGUGACGCACUGCGGAUGGAACUCGACAGUGGAGGCGCUGAGCUGCGGGGUGCCGAUGAUCGCCUGGCCGCUGCAUUCGGAGCAGUUCGUUAACGAGAGGCUCGUUGUGCAGGUGUUGGGGACGGGGGUGAGUGCAAUUGAACAAGGGGUGAAGAGGUCGAUAUUCCCGGAGCAGAAGGAGGUGGUGAAGGCGGAGGCCGUGAAGAGGGCCGUGGAUAGGGUGAUGGGCGAAGGCAGAGAGGCGGCGGAGAUUAGGAGCAGGGCAGAGAAAUACAAGAAGAUAUCAAGGUCCGUCGUAGAGGAAGGAGGAUCAUCUUAUGUCAAUUUGACUUGCAUGAUUCAGGAACUUACCAAGGUAGCCAGGGAGAAAAAGAGAGAGACGAGUUGCUGAUAUUCACUGUAACCUCAGUCAUUGUCUACCUCGUGGUCAGAAAUAAGCGAGGAUUCAGUAGGCAUGUGAUUUCUGUAAUUUUUUAUAUGCUGCGUGGCUCAUGAGAGUGUUGUAUGGGGAUGAAGUAUUAGCCAACAUGAUAAUAAUAAUAAUGUUGAUUUGUUAUGGUAUUUGAACUCUUAGUCUACAAAGAAUGUAGUGGCCGGAUCGAGAUAAGAUC